AUGGAAGAGCGUUGUUUUCAUUUUAAAGAAAGGACGUGCAAUUUACAGGAGCGUGGAGGGGGGAGGCGCCAGACGGCGGCGUGCUCUGUCGGCGCGAUUUGUAAACAGGCUGCAAGAGUAAACAUCCGUCCGGUCCGAUCACGUCCACACGGCCAUUAUCAACCGAUGGUGAAAUUUCGGGGCAUCGCUAUGUACGGGAACGCUGACAACCCGACCUGUCAAUUCCACCCCGACCAGAAGGUAGGCCCCGCCAGGCCCGGAGGGUGGCGGAAGAGCAGAGGCAGGGGUCGACGACCGACUAGAAGACGAGGAUAA